CCGCUGUAUUUUUUUUUUGGCUAAGUGGCACUUCUUACUUACUAAGAAUUAUCUUUGAAGCUUCCUUAUUAUUACGUAGGAAGCUCUCCAUGAACCCACCUCACACAAUCUAUCCCUAAUAAUAUAUCUGCACAAACCAAGUUCACUUGUGUAGCAAGCAAAUGAUGUCGGGCAGUCCUAGUAGCAAUAGCAACACUAAGUUUAAAUCACAUAUGGAUCAGUCUCCUGAGAAUGACAACAUGGUUGAUGACUCCAGUCUCGAUCAGUUCUCCGAGUUUUUGAUGUUUGAAGAGUGGCCUGAUGAAUAUCGUCAUCAGGAGGUGUCCCCAGUGUCUCAGCCUACACCGAACACUGUUACUUAUGCCACCGACGAAUUCGGUGGAAGCAGCAGCCACCUUGGUGGACACAACACCACUGGAGGGAAUGUGCAAAGUGGGAGGGAAAGAAUGGAAGUCAGAGAAAGAGUUGCUUUCAAGACAAAAUCAGAAAUUGAAAUAUUGGAUGAUGGGUUCAAAUGGCGGAAGUAUGGGAAGAAGAUGGUGAAGAACAGCCCAAAUCCAAGGAACUAUUACAGGUGUUCAGUUGAUGGAUGUCCUGUAAAGAAGAGAGUGGAAAGAGACAGAGAAGAUCCUAUGUAUGUUAUAACAACCUAUGAGGGAGUCCAUAACCACCAAAGCUCUUUCUAGUUAUGGUAACUUGGGAGCUAAUCAAAGUUGCAGAUUCAAACUUGGUACAAGAUAGUUUUGUACCCACCACUUCUUCCCUUGUUGACUAAGGGUUGACCAUGUUUAUACAUAUGAUGACCAAGAUGUAUUCCUCUGCUUUUUGCACAAGCAAGCAUUAGGUUCUUUUCUUUACCAGUUUUGUAGAGUUAUGAAAUCAGAUCAGAGUUUCAGAACUAGGAUGUUUUCAGAAACUAGCAGUAUUGGGUUUUAAGUUUUAGCUUUAUAUGACAAUAACUAAGGAAACAUCUUUAUUCCAACUUAGGUAUACAUAUAUAGAAGAAUGGUCACGUCUCUAUAAUAGUUACUAGUUACGUUUCAAAAAAUAAAAAAUGUACUAUUAUUAUAAUUCCUUCCAUAGUUAUAAUGAAGUGCCAAAUUGAUCACAAUCAUGUAUAAAAUUCUAGCUUCUAACUAUUUAAACAUAUGUAACUUUCUAUAGUUCAUAUGUAACUAUCUAUAGUUAAAUAUUGACAUAGUAUUAUUCA